AUGGUUGUCGGUCUCGACGAUGUCAUGGCUAUUAUGGGAAUCAUAUCGGCUGCAAUCUCCGCAACUCAGGCGCUAUUGGAAAUCAUCGAACGCUACAAGCUUGAUCAGCGUCUUUUGGCAACAUUUCGGCGGUCGCUGGCCCAGGUAAAACAUGGUGCUAGAGUAUCAACAAACGUCCUCAGACGUGCCCUUGACGCCGCCUUGGGUAGGAGCCACGACGGGAAUUUGACCUCGUGGAUCAAAAAGGCAAUCGACAUUGACAAACGACGCUUGGCUUUGCUUCAAAAUACCAUCUCGGCCGAGAAAUCCGGCAAAAACGAAGCUUAUGUUGCAUUGGAGAAAGAAACCAAGGCACUUGAAGCAUAUGCCAAAGGCGCCAAAAGAGAAAUCGAGGCCGUUGAAGAGAAUAAGUCAACGCAGAGUCCGGUUGAUUUGAAAGGGCUCUUCCCUACCUUUGGGACCAUGAUGUUGCCGACGCCCAUUGCCGAUAGGGGUGGCAGCCGUGUCUUUUGCUCCGGGGCCGUCAUUUGUCAACAGGAGGUGUCGCGACAGAUUGCCUACAUCCAGAGUGAAGAGAUCCCGGGAGGCAAGGGAUGGUUCGUCUGCAAGUUCUGUUAUGUGAAGAUUUCUCUUCCGGAAAAGGAGAAGAAGGAGCCUUUGGCAAAGUUCUCGCAGCCAUUCAUCGAGGAAUUGAUGAUGAUGCUUUGCCGAAGCCAUCUUGUCGCAUCGUCGUCUGAUGGCUAUGCAUGCUACCGUUGCACCGAUUGCUACGGUUCCGGCUCCUCGAGGGACUUUUCCAAUGCUUCCGAUGUCCUAGCGCAUUACUCUUCGGAGCAUCCAGACACAAUCAUCAAGCACAUUGAGAAAGCGACGGAGCGCAAGGUUCCUGAUUUAGACGACCAACUUGCUGAGGUUGAAACCCCGCUCCAUCCCUCCCAAGACGAAGGCGAGGACGUCGACCAGGCGGGAACUGCUCCAUGCCAAGAUACGCAGGACGCUGACGCACCUAUCUCCAAGGCAUCGCAGCCCGCUAAGCACAUGGCGCAGGAUUCUCCACAGAGAGUAUCUCCGCGGGUGUCCCCUCAGCCAGUGCCCCCUCCGCAGCAAGCAGCCCCCGAGCCAGUGGCUCAAAAUCACGGAGAGAACGGUCGUGUCGCAAACUCAGAACGGUCACAUGUUUCAUCGCCUUCAUUCAGGCCCCGAAUUGAUAGUCCCAACGUCGGCAAUAGUGUAGAGCCCAAGAGAACCGGUCGCAGAUUCCAGCAGGACCGGCCUUUUUGA